AUGAUAUCAGGGGAAACAACUCCCGGAACUGUUGUGGACGGUGUCCACAGACUUCCUAGCAAUGGGAUCAAGAUCAUUGUAAUCGGAGCAGGUGUGGGAGGAUUAGGUGCCGCAUUGGAGUGUUGGCGGAAAGGCUGCGAGGUCGUGGUCCUCGAACGAGCAGAGAAGCUCUCUCCAUUAGGCGACUAUUUCACCAUUACCCCGUCAGCAUUGACCACGCUGAAGGACUACCCUAGCAUGCAUGCGGACUACCACAAGUGUAUUUAUGAUUGCUCUGUCCACGUUUACUCUCCGUCCGGUGUGCCCAUAUACUCGACAUAUCCGGAAUGGCGUCGAGCAGGGGCUCACGCUGCAUAUGAUGUGACGGUAUCGUUCCUCAAGCGGCGGCCGGUCUACGCUCAGAUGCAACUGGACCAGCUUGAGAGGUUGGGCGUUUCGGUUCAGUUUGGACGAAAGGUAGUCAGCGUCUGCGAAAGAGGCGACCAAGUCAUCGUGACCACUGCUUCGGGAGAGACAUUCAUUGGCGAUCUUUGCAUCGGUGCGAAUGGAAUUGGAUCCUCUAUCGACGGGUUCGACACCGGUCCGGAAGUCGCCGUGCAAGACAGUGGCUAUGCGGUUGCGCGAGUGGCUUUCCCUGCCAGCACACUCAAGCCAGACUCGCCAGCAGCAACGCUGAUGAAGAACAUUGACGUCCAGCCCGAAUUCCGCACCUACGUAGCAGAUGAUGUGCACUUGAUCCUGUUUUUGACGCGAGACUGGGUGGCGUGGUGUUUCACUCAUGCGGACGAUGGAGAGACGGCCGAGUCCUGGGGAAACCUUAAGGAUCCGGACGCGAUCAUCCCCCUGAUCGAAAGGUCAAGCGAUAAUUGGGAUCCAGCCGUUCUCGAUUUCGUUCGGCAAACACCAAACCGCGUCGUCGAUUGGAAGUUGAGGUGGCGUGACGGCACUGAGCAAUGGACUUCGGACAGUGGACGUCUUCUGCGCCUCGGCGAUGCGGCACAUGCCUUCUUUCCCACUGCCGGCAACGGUGCAGUCCAGGCUCUCGAAGACGGCGUGUCCCUUGCCGAAUGUAUGCGCAUCGGCGGCAAGGAGAACGCCGGUUGGGCGACGAAAGUGCACAACCAGCUAAGGUUUCAGAGAGUAAGCGUUCUGCAGCAGACAGGCUUUCUGAACAGGGAGGAACUCCACCACGUCGACGUCGCCGCCAUCGAGGAGAAUCCCAAGGAAGUCACCGUUGGCUUCUUCAAGAUUGGACGAUGGGUAUGGAACCACGAUCCCGAAGCGUACGCUCGCGAUAAUUACGCAGCCUGUCUGGCGCAUCUGCAAGAGGGAGAGCCUUUCAGCAACACGAACCUGCCUCCCGGGCACAUCUACGUGCCGUGGUCGCUGGCGUCGGAGACGGCGCGCAUGAAGGCUGGCGUCAAGUCAAGCCUGAAGCAGAAUGGGGAUUGGAGUGCCUGA